AUGGCUCCUCCACGAAAACGUCGCUCUGAUGUCGACGCAGCUCAGGAGCAGCUCCAAAAGCGUCAGCGCAGCACUAGUCAUGGGUCUGCUGAACAAGAGGACAUGGCUCAGCCAGACCAGCAGAACGAGGAAGUAGAUCAAGAUGAGGAAUCCAUUCCCUCACUGGAAUUUCUCAAUGGUAUCAAUAAGAACAUUGGCGCUAGUGCUGUGCUAAACAGACGGCCAAGUCUUCUAUCCAACGCCAGUGUCGAGAACCCUGCUGAGAAUGAUGAUGGCGGAGCACUCUCUCAUAUUGGCACGUCACAAGAGAUCCAAUUCGAGGAAACAACAAUCACAGCCCCUGGAGAAAAUCUCCAAAGCCAAAGUUUAGUUAGAGACUUGGAUGAACUAGGGGCUAUAUUAGAACAGCAUGAAGCAGUUCCAGAGGCACCUCAAUCAGCACAACCAGUUCCUCAGCCUAGUUCUCCGCAAAGCGAACCUGAACAAUCAAGUCAGCGAAAGAUAAGACGACCGAAGAAAAAGACAUCAUAUUAUGAGCUCAAUGGUCCAGAUUCACCAGACCAAUCCGCGCAGCCAACCUCAUCGAGAAAUUUUCAUGUCGAUGAGACUAUAUAUGAUGUGCCUGAUUCACCCCCAAGGCCAUCAAAUCAAACUACACUCGGUGAGAAGUCACAGAAGGCGCCUAUGUCAACAGGUGGAGGUAGUUCAAAGAUGGAACAAAAGCAAAGAAGCAGCCAGUCUCAUCAGCGAAGGAGCAACGUUUCUGCCCAACAUCAGGGCCAUGAACAGCAAAGAGAGCAUUCCCAGGAAGAGAGUGAGGAAUCUGGAGACGAUGGUUGCCAUUUCGGCGAUAGCGAGCCUGAGAUAAAUCAACAGGAUCCAUCACUCGUAGUCGACGAUUCCCUGCUACUUGAUGCACCACCACCCGAUUCACAGGAAGCAGGUUCCACUCCCACGGCCCGUAUAAAGCGUGUAUACGUACAGAAGCUCGUGCACAUAAUGACACUCCGGGGCUGGAUGGGGAAAAGAUUCUGGAAAGAUGACUUUCUAGACUACGCCGCAGACAAGUCUGAUAAGCUGGCCCGCCAGCCAGAUUACCCUGUUUCUUCAGUAAGAAUUCUGGCCAAGCUGUUUGACCUCUACGGGUUGUGCAAGGAGAUUCCUAAAUCACCACAAAUUAAUCAACUGGCGUAUUUGCGUGAACAUGCGCCAGAGUUCAGUAGUUUGGUCAGCAAUCUUCGCCAUACCAUCGAUUCGUCCACCUCAAACAUCAAUAACAUUAUGAAAGGCGGUGACCCAAGUCGAGUGGAAGUUGGCUACAGGUUUGUCAUGAAGCUACAACAGCGGAUCAUUCCCAUGUUGGUGCUGUUGCUGGACACGGCGUUCGAGGCAGGAUGCGGAGCUUCCCUCGAAAAUGCGGCCAAGGCCUCCCAACAAACUGGAGAGUUCACGGUAUAUAUGUUGGAGCCGCUAGAACGAGCUGCAGGUUGGGCUCGCAGACUUUCACAGGCGGUAGAAGGGUGGUACGAGCUUCAUCCUCCCAAGCGGGAAGAGGAUCAAGCAGAAGAGGCACAGGCAAACCGCGCUGCAUUUCGCUCUGCCGUGGCCACGCUCAAGUCAGAGUUGGGUAAAGCCAGAAGAGACCUUGAGAAGCCCAAGCCAGCGCCUGAGGAACUCAUACGAAAAGAUGAAGACAUCCGAAGGGAGCGCGAGGCCAAGCAGAAGGAACGUCGAGAAAGACAUGCCCUCCAGAUGCAGCGCUUCAAGGAUUCGAUCCAACGGAUCAACCCGCAUAGACGACCGGCUAAGAGAAGGCCUACCCGACAAGAAGUGCCUGUCCCUCGUCGACCAAUUCCGCCACGCUCUGCUCCAUCUCAGCCGUUGUCAGAGCAGGAAUACUACGAGCGACACGGAUGGCAUUAUUGGGAAGAUGAUCAAAUUCUAACCUUGAUCAGGACUACAGCCCAUCCCAACUACGAAAACUUUCAACGGAUGCUCCCUGAUCGGAGCCCUGAAGAACUAAGAGAGCGAUCAGGAUAUCUCAAGCUGGUCGUGCGUGAUAAAUAUCAGCGCAGAGGGAUUACGCCUCCCGGAUUUUGCGUGGACGAAGACUGA